UGGAUAACAUGCCUGUGACCUGGUGCUACGAUGUUGAAGACGAGCAGAAGUUCUGUAAUCCUGGUUUCCCUAUCGGCUGUUACGUCACAGAGGCAGGUCGACCCAAAGACGCCUGCAUAGUCAAUCCUAACUUUAAUGAAAAGGAUGCGUUCUACAUCUUUAACCACGUGGACAUCACCAUCCAUUACCACAUCGUGGAGCAUGAGCAGCUGGGAGCUCGGCUGGUUGCUGCCAAGAUUGAACCCAAAAGCUUUCAGAGUCCUGAUUGUUCUGGGGGGCCGAAGUUCCUGAAAAACAAACAAACGGGAGUGUUUGACAUCAAAUACACCUACAGUGUCAAAUUUGUGGUCAGUACAAUGAAAUCCCCUUGGUCUGUUUAA